AUGCCUAAGACAGAAAGUAAGCACACGUCCCAUGCUCUCACCUUGGCACUCGCCCGCUCCCCGGCUGACAGCCCUGCGCGAAGCCUGGGUCCUCUCCCACAAGUUUGCGACCAACGUUGCCCAGGUCGCCCUACAAGCCAGCAACGGAAAAGCCGAGCCAAAAAGAUAAAGGGGAUUAGGCAGGCAUUACUUCCAGUGACCUAUAUAUUCCCCGCAGCCGCCCGCAGGCUGACAGCAGCUGCUGGACUACGGGGCACCCCGGCCCGCCGCCCCACACAGCCGCCGAGGCGAAACGGCGGCAAGACGGCUCCCACACCGGGGCGGGAGCGUCUGCGCGCCCGCCGCGGAGGCCCCGCCGCCAGGUCUGAGGCCCGUCCCCAACCGCCGCCACCCCCCUCACGCCUCCCGCCCCGGGGGGCCCAGCCCCUACCUGGCACGGAAAGUUUCCCUGGGGAAGGGCAAGGCGAGCUCCGCUCCCUCUCUGCCGAAGCGACCGGCUCCGGGAGGGAGGGAGGGAGAGAAGGAGGCGACUGCCCAGGUAAGUCGCCGUCAGCGACGGGGCAGCCGGGGCCAGCGUUACUCCCUCAGGAGGGAGGGAUCCCCCUCAAGCCCGCCCUCACCGAACGUCCCGGAGGCUCCGUCCCUUCAGGGCGGGCAUCUCCCCGGCCCCGACUCGGCACCGGCCGCGGAGUUUGGUUAACCGGGUGCCGGGCCGCUGAGUCAGAGAAGCGGGGAGGAGCCGCGACCCAGCGGGGUGAUGCCACGGCACGUGAGCGUUGCUCCCUCUCAGCGGAAGAUGCCACCCAAGUGCUCCUUGGGGCGUGUUUCUCUGCAAGCAGGAGAAUUUCAAGUCCUCUUUCCUUGGCUUGUACUCUUUGCAGCAUAGUACCCCAUCUUCAAAAGACUCUCCGGCUUCCCACUUCGUAUAAAUUGAUGGGUAAAAAACAUCGAUGCAGGGAAGGCGAGUGUAACAAUGUACUAUUAGCUAUUGUGGAAGAUGGGAUAUCAGGCUGGACAGAGCCAUCUGUGCGAGCCAUUAUAGAAUACUUGACUUCUGUCUCUUCACACUAA